CGCCCUUGGACGCCGAGGCACCCCGCAGCGAAGGACGCUUGGGGACAAGGGGCGAGGGGGUGGGAACGCCCUGGGAUUCAGACCUUUGGGUUCCCACGUCCCAGGGCGUCCCUCUGAGCCGGAAGGAACCGGGGCCACUGUCGUCAUCUUGGCGUUUAACCCUCUCAUUUUAUAGAUGGGGAAACUGAGGCCCCGCUCAGAGGUCACACUCAGGGUAUCUAAUUCUUCAAAUGUUUCUCUAAUGGUUAUGUUAGCAAAUAAAGGCUGCUAGAGGCAGGUAGCUGGUGCUCUGGAGAGAUCGCUGGCGUGGAGUUAGACCCUGAGUUCAAAUGUGGCCUCAGUUACUUAUUAGCAGUGAGCCUGGGUACCAGAAGUCAGCUUGUGUCUUCCUUCAGUGUCCAAGGUUUCACACUACUAUAAGCAGGCACAAAGGCAAAACAGCUACAGAACAUCUCUGGCUGAUGAGGCACUUUAAGGACCCAUUUGUCAAAGCUGCAAAAGUAGAAAAUUACCGUUGCCGAAGUGCUUUCAAACUUUUGGAGAUACAUGAGAAGCACCAAAUUUUUCAUCCUGGGCUUCGUGUAUUAGACUGUGGUGCUGCCCCUGGUGCAUGGAGUCAAGUAGCUGUCCAGAAAGUCAACGCUGCAGGCACAGAUCCCAACUCCCCUGUUGGUUUUGUCCUUGGGGUAGAUCUCCUUCAUAUAUUUCCACUGGAGGGAGCAAUCUUCCUCUGUUCUACUGAUGUAACUGACUCAGCGACCAUCAAGAAAAUUCAAGAGCAGCUUCCUGGCCAGAAAGCUGAUGUGAUUUUGAGUGAUAUGGCACCCAAUGCAACUGGAUUUCGGGAACUUGAUCACCAAAAGCUCAUAAACAUGUGCCUAUCUCUUCUGAACUUUACUUCAAGUAUAUUACAUCCAGGAGGGACAUUCCUCUGUAAAUUUUGGGAUGGAGGUCAACGACACCUCUUACAAAAUAGGCUAGAAAAAGAAUUCAAGAAUGUGAGGACUAUAAAACCUGUAGCUAGCAGGAAAGAAUCAUCAGAGACUUACUUUUUGGCAAAAUUAUACCGAGGAAUCAAAACACCUUUGAAAGAGUAGAAGUUAUACCUGUUUUUACCAAUAGGGUUAUUGAGGCCUAUAUUAAUUAGAAGUUUGAAUCAGACCUUGGACUACACUUGCUGUGUAAAUAUAAUGUAACAUGUAAAUGAAAUAUAAGUACUAAACAAAGAAUAGGGAAACAUUUUAUUCUGUUGGGUCAUAUACAGAAUUUAGAGCUGGAAGGGCCAUUAGAGAUUAUAUAGCUCAACUUCCACUUCUCAUUUUAUAGAUGGGAAAAUUGAAGCCCAAGACGUUUAGUGACUUCUUCGAGGUAAGUAGGAGAGCCACAAUUUGAACCCAGUCUUCUGACUUUCCCGUCUCUGCCGUUCCCAUUCUUCCCCAACAUUUAUUUUUUUCUUUAACUGAAAAACAAAGCACCACUCUUCUUUUAUAUCUGAGUGUUUAUGAAUUCAGGCAUGGAGGUGAGUCCCUGGUAUUGAGGCCAUCCUUUAAUAAAUAUAUGUUCUGCUUUAUGUAUCUGCAUUCACGUAAUGGCACUAAAAUGUGAUAUUAAAGCAAUUUCUAAAAAAGACAGUAAUGCAUCAUUUCCCUAAGCUUA